GGAGUCUUCCAUUUACCUAGGAGACCUGGUUGCUCAAAACAUUCAGAAGCUUCUACCCACAGAAGCCCCGACUCCUCACCAAUCCCUCUUGUGCCACAGAGGACAGGUCUCCCCCAGCUGUUCCCCCACAUUCUCAACAGCCCUGUACUGCCCUGUCUGGGCUCCCUCUGGCCCCGCCAGGAGAAGAAGACGAUGGCCUACGAAAUAUCAGCUGACAUCCUUGACAUCGCCACGUCGAUGUUCAAGUACCCAUGGCUGGAGUACCCAGAGAGGACCAAAGAACUCAGAAAAGCCAUGGCUCCUGUUCGCCUGCCCUUGUCCCGCUACCAGAUGCCAAAGGAGGAGUUUCCCCCUAGCCCAGAGUGCUGGAGGCAGCACCCAAGCAAGCCACUUUCAGUGCCUUACUGCUACUUCAAGAAGCCUGAGGUCUACACACACUGGCACACCCUAUAUGAUAAGCGACAAGAACGGGAGGCCGAGAAGAUGCUGCGGAAAAUGAGAGAUCACCCUAGGCAACUCAAAGAGGGCACCCCCAUCCAAAAAUUCCAUCUCCCUAUGAGCAAGCUGACUAUACAAUCUCAGAUGGGAUCCAAGCCCUCAGACCCUGCUGGGGACCCCCUGAAGUGGCAAAGAUUAAAGGAACUCACAAAAAGCCUGGAAUCUCCCAGAGAGCCUGAGCAAUUCUAUGCAGCACAGGCUCUGGGGUGCCUGGGCGUCAGUGAGCAGUUUGUCAUGGACGCACUAUGGCAGGUGGCCCAAACCGGUUCAGAGAAAGUGAAGUCUGAGGCCUGUCGAAGCCUGGCCCUCCUGGGUUGCCUGAAUAAGCACGUGAUCCAGGUUCUCAUCACACAGUUGAAGGGGCAAAAUGAGGAGGAAAGGAUGGAUUCUCUGACACGGCUACGAGUGGCUCUCAACUCCCAGGCUGCUGUCCCCAAAGACAAGGUGACUGGGAGGAGAGUCAGUAACUGGGGCAAGAGAACUCAAGUCGGGGAUGAAGAGAAGUUGGUGCCUGUUCUGCAGAUGCUGAUAAAGAAGUCAUCGAAUGAAGCAGCUGUGGAGGCAGCCUUGUGCUUGGGUUUCCUGAGGCCCUGCAGCAAAAUAGCCCAAGAGUUCUUGCUGCAAUGCCUAAGCCAAGGGUCCAAAACCCAGCGGAUGAAGGCACUUAGGAUGCUGGUCAAGAUGAUGCAUGUACACUCAGCCACAGUCAUCAGGGCCAUCCUAGACCAGCUGUGCUCUUCUAGUGUCCUGGAGCACCGCUUUGAAGCCACCCAGAUGCUCAAGACCAUUGGACUGGAAAAGAUCCAGGCACAAGGGCUGGAGGGAUUCACAUUUGACCUGCUCUGGAGGAAGACUUACAAUGAACCUUUCCUUGCUAUGAGAAAGGCUGUGGCUGAAACUGUGGAAGAGCUGAAGAUGAAGCCUACGAUGAUGAACCUGGUGGAGGCGCAACUAAUGAACUCAAAUGCCACUGCGCGCCAGGAAGCAGUCAUCUCUUUGGGCGUCCUGGGGAUCCACAAACCACAAAUGUUCUACUUGCUGUUGGACAUGCUAGAUGCGGAAAAGAGCCAGGCUGUGAAGAACAGUCUACAAGAAACAUUAACUCUCCUGGCCUCAACUGAUCCUUGGAUCCAAAACAAGCUAAAGAACAAGGUUAUCUUUGUAUAUGAAGCACCUAAGACCAAUGAGGAGGCAGAGCCUACAAGGUUCCGGAAAGACCCUGAGAACCCAGAAGAGUUAAAUAUCCAAGACUUUCAACUAGCACAGCUGAACCCCUUGUUUAUUGCAAAGUCCAGAGCCACAUCAGACCAACAGGAAAAGCUGAGUGCCCAGAGAGAGUCUGCCUUCUAUCUCACUUCUACCUUCCCAACAUGUUUCUCUAAACCAAAACACAAGGCACAGGCCACAGGGCCCUGGGUGCCAGGGAUCAAGAAGCAGCUCCAGAUCCUUGCUAAAACCUCUAAAUAGGUCAGUUCUUUGGGCCUAGCCCCCAUUCUCUUCCUGAGGUUACUUCUCAGGUUCCCCUGGGAAAACAACCUAUACUUAUCUUCCAUGAAUAAAUGAGUGUCA